AUCGUCAACGGUCUGGCGGGAACGAACAGGAACUGAUAGGGACUCACUACAGUUUAUGGAAAGGGUCGUCACAUGGAUUUUGUUGUCUCGUUUUCCGGCAUAAGGGAUCGCUGAGCUCUACUCGCCGCUUGACGAACACCCUUCCCGACGAUAGAUCCUUCAUGACGAGAGGGGAUCGACGGCGGAAUCUUGUGAACGCAUCUUCAACAGCGGCGUCGCAGCGAUAGGAUGUUUGAACGGCAUGCGAUUUAGCACGAUAUACACACUCUCCGUUUAAAUGCGCUGUUGAGUGACGUCGCGGAAAGCAUGGAGAGUAACACGAAGACACGACGAAGGAAAGUGUCGGAGAAGACCGACGAGUGCCAAAGCAAACGUUCCAGGCUUGACGAGGAUAACUAUGAGAAACAAAUCGAAGAGACUGCUGGAAAAGUGAAAAAGAUUCGUCUUUAUAACUUUAUGUGUCAUGAAGCAUUGGAAAUAACGUUGAACAAUAAUGUUAAUUUUAUUGUGGGACGCAAUGGCAGUGGCAAGAGUGCCAUACUGACUGCAUUAACUAUAGGACUCGGUGCAAGAGCAAACGUUACGAGCAGAGGAACGUCAGUUAAAGAAUUUAUAAAGAAGGGCAGGAACUCUGCUAUUGUUGAGAUAACUUUAGUUAAUGAAGGAGACAGUGCAUAUAAGCCUGAUGUUUAUGGUGACACAAUUACAGUUACACGUACUAUUCGUACUAGUGGAACUAGCUCGACAUAUAAAAUAAAAAAUUGGAGAGGAGAAAUUAUUUCUUCCAAACGAGAUGAAUUGGAUAAUAUAAUAACAAUGAUGAAUAUACAGAUUGAUAAUCCAAUAUCUGUUUUGAAUCAGGAUGUUUCGAGAACAUUUUUGGUUACCUCUAAGCCUGAUGAAAAGUAUAAUCUUUUCAUGAAAGCUACUUUUUUGGAUGCCAUUGAAAACAAUUAUAAAGAAGCUCUUAAUAUAUGUGAAGAAGAGUAUAGUAAAUUAAAACACUAUUCCGCGACCUUGUCACAAGUAAAGGGAGAAAUACAAAAAUUAAAGGAAAGUAUACGUAGAUUAGAAGAAAUGGAUGAAUCACGAGAAGAAUUAAACAAUCUCGAAAAAGAACUUCAAUGGGCUGUGGCGAUUGCGGAGGAAACCAGGCUUAACAAACUACAAGAGACUGUAAAGAUGUAUGAAGAUAAUAUGAACAAACUUCAAAAUGUGCAAUUAUCUACAGAAACAAAGGAUGCAGAAAUUGACGAAAAAAUCACAGAAAUAAAGACAAAAAUUCAGCAGGCAGAACAGGAAGCAAUAGAUAGUCAAGAAGCUUAUAAAUGUGCAAAACAAAAAUAUCUUGCUGCAAAUGAAGCAUAUGGUAGUAAACAGCGCGAAUGUCGUUCUGCAACACAUAAAAUAAAACGAUUAAUAGACGAUAUUAAUUUGCUACAGAAGGAAAUUCAAAAAAUAGAAAGUUCCAACGAUGAAGAACACAACAAUACAAAGGAAAUGAAAGAGCGUCUGGCAAAGUUGGAAGAAAGAUUGGAUGAAAUUGAUGCCUCGUUACGCACCAAACAAACUGAAUUAAUGCAUUUAGAAGCCGAUAGAAUGCGACUUAUGCAAGAAGUAAAUUUCGCUAAAAAUGAAAUGGAGAAUUGUAACAGACAUAUAAGUAAGAUCCAAAGCAACUUAAAUGCAGUCGAGCAACAGUCGGAUGAUGCAUUAAGUGUAUUUGGGCCAAACAUUCCGCGUCUAUUGAAGAGAAUCGACGAAGAGUACAGAAGAAAGCGAUUCCAAAAAAAACCACGUGGUCCUAUUGGUGCUUUCAUAAAAAUGAAGGACGCUGCUUGGGCACCAGCGGUGGAACAUUUUCUAGGUAAAAACUUUCUUAACUCGUUCUGCGUGGAUAACAAUCAAGAUGCAAAGUUGUUGAACAGUAUUAUGAAGGAAAUAUUUUAUAAAGGAAACACUCUCCAAAUAAUAUCUAGUAAAUUCUUUGACCAGGUACAUGAUGUUAGACGUCACUGCACACAGUCGCCGGACUAUUCUAAUCUCUUGGAAGCGAUGGUUAUAGAAGAUCCUGUCAUAGCUAAUUGCUUGAUUGAUCAACGCGAAAUUGAAUGUGUUCUUCUUAUACCAACAAAUGAUGAAGCCUGUGUGAUAAUGUCGGACGCGACCAAAGUGCCAAAAAAUUGCAAGAGAGCGUUUAAUUUACACGGUGACACAUACUUUCCUGACCCAAAUUAUAGAACUUAUGGUGGAAACUGUAAUGCGCGCGCUAACUAUCUUCAAGUUUCUACCAUGGAAGCAAUGCAAACGUUGAAGGAAGACCUUCAGGCAGCGGAAAACAAGAAGCAAGAAGCUGUUGCAGCGUACGACGCUGUUUGUGAGAGAGUAAACCGAACUAAUUCUGAAUUGAGUAAUGUAAAUGCGACAGUUCGGAAGUUAAUGUCUUCGCAAAGUGAAUGUACUAAUUUGAUUAAUGAAUUAAAAGAUAAAAUUGGAUCGACCGAAGCCACUUCUGCUGACGUUUUUCGAAACGAAGCUGCAGAAUUGGAAAAGAAAUUAGCGCAGGAAAAAGCCACGGAAAAGCUUUUAGCUGAAAAUUUGAAGGAACUUAAAAAAAAUGUUGAAUCUCUUGACACUGAAGUUAAGCGUUGCAGAGACUUAAGACAUAAUUUAGACACAGUAAUUGAUCCUCUUAAAGAUCAAAUAAAAGAAUUUACAGGAGAAAAAGAAAAACAUCGGAAUGAGUGUCAGCGUGCCACUCGAAAGUUACAGGAAAUUCGCCAAAAUAUGCAGUGCACAAAGGCGGAAUUAGAAAUACAAGAAAGAGCUACGAAGAAAGCAGUUUCCAACGCCACUGAACAAUGUCCAAGGAUAAAUACUACCAGAUCAAAACCUCAAAUCAAAACUUUACUAACCGAUUUACGCGCUAAGAUUCGUGAGAUAGAGAAUCAAUUCGGUUGUGCGGAUGAAUUACGGCUGCAAUUGAAGGAGAAGGAAGCAAAGUAUGGAACAAACAUUGAGCUUACAUCUCGAUUGAAACAAAGUUGUAAAAAACACAUUGAACGAGUGAAACAACGGCAGGAAAUGUUUAUCCAAUUAAGAGAUAUGUACAGUGUUUGUGUGCAAAAGUGUUUUACCGAUGUGCUUUCUUUAAGACAAUAUAAAGGCAAAGUGGUGAUCGAUCACACAAACAAAAUGCUCAACUUACAUGUAAGUGCACGAGACGAAAAGAGGAGCAACGAUACCAGAUCGCUUUCGGGAGGCGAACGAUCUUACUCUACCGUCGCAUUUAUUUUGGCUCUCUGGGAUUGUAUUCAGUUACCUUUUUACUUUCUCGAUGAAUUCGAUGUAUUUAUGGACAAAGUAAACCGACGAGUGAUAAUGGAUAUCCUUUUGGAUCACACUAGAUUGCAUUCUCAGAGCCAAUUCACUUUUCUCACACCUCUAGACACGUCGCAUAUUCUUGCCGAAGAUUACGUUACAAUUCAUCAGUUCCCAUCUCUCCAGCCUUAUUUAGGUGCGCGAUGGAAUUAUAUCCGGAUAAGCUAAUCUGAGGAUUCCAGAGGACUUCUCUCCGGGUUUGAUUCAUUACCAAAACAGGCAGGAUAUCCCGAGUAGCCAGAGGUAGGCGAGACACGGUUGUAUCAAGAUAUCGCACGUCGCGGAGACCACGCCAGACCGGUAAGUGGAUCAAGGUUCGCGCGGCAUUGCACGAAUCUGGUUCGGCCGGAGUUCCCGGCUAUAACGCAACACACCUUUACGCAUUACGCGCGUAUUACAUGCGAUGCGCGCGUGAGUCGACUGGCCCGGUCGUCCGACGCCCGGUGCGUGUGUUGGCCAGCCGGACGACGAGGCGUGGUAACCGACGUUACGUAAUCCGCGUGCUGGCACUUCGGUCGGAGAAAGUGCCCGGCGAGCGCUUGUGAAUCGGUAAUGCGGUAAUGUGACGGAAAGGCGGGAUAACACCGGUGGGCACGCGGUAGGCAGGUAGUACCUGACCUAAUUUCGCUAAUUGGGCCUGGUCGAAUUCGAAGCGUUUCCUCGACGACUUUCGCGUUCGACUCUUUACCCGCCCUUUUAGCAAAUUGGAUAACGUAUUACGUUACGUUUAUGGUGAUUACACAGUGUUUAAAAUUUCGAGCGUAUACGUCGAAUUACGUAAUUUCAUGGCAUGUCAUUCGUAAGAACAGCAUUCGAUUUUAAUUUAAAACUGUCGAAUGACGCGGUUUUUAUAUUCGAGUUCGAUUGCCGCGCGUAUAUACAAAUCAGUUUGAUAAGAAGGAGGCAUUGUGACUCUUCGUGUUUUUCAACAGGUCUAAACUCGCAAUAACGAUGAUAAUUAGGAAGAAGCAAUAAUUACGAAUAAAAAACGAGUCGGUGAAAAAAGUUAUGAUUAUUCAAACAUUCAGGACACAAAACGUUCCAGGUCUUAUUCUAAAUGAUUGAAAAAUUGUACACACAGCGAGAGAAAGAUGGCGAAGAAAGCGGAAGAUACUUUUCUCCCAUCAGUGAAAAAAUGAAUUAUAUAUUAAAGAUAUAAAUGCUAUUUCUAAGAAA